AUCUCCUCGUCCCCUUGAUUUUGGUUACGGUGCCCUGAUAAUGUGAUUUGCUCCGAAAAUAGAGACGUGCAGACCGACGUUAGAAACUUUGUCUCCCUCUCUUUCCUCCUCCUUCUCUCUCUUUCUCUCUCUCUCUCUCUCUCUCUCUCUCUCUCUCUCUCUUCCCCUUCUCUUCUCGUUUGGAGCGUCACAUCGCGUCGCACCGCACCGCGACUCGACUGAACUCAAGUCGAUUCUACUCAACCCGACUCUUAAUAGUCGCAGCUAAACUCGCGUGCGGUGUGCCACGCGCGUCUUCGAAAGACGUCGCGCGAACGUCUCGCAACCGGGAACGGCGGAUAUUUACGCCAUCGCGCGAUACACAAGAAGAGAGAGAAAUUUCAUCUUUCGGAGGUAUAAUUUGGAAGGAAAAAAAAAAAGAAAACAUGCAUUUGCACGCCGACGAAACGAUGGAAUGGUAAAUAUGCGAUCUCUUCAGUGCGAACGGACGAGACAGUGUGUGAGAUUUGGAGCGCGGCGAGAGUACGGCGAUUCAAUGUGAUGUGCGAUAGAAGGUAUCGGUACGUGUACCGACGAUCUCGAAUCUCGCGGAUGCUGAACUCCUAUCGCGUCGAAUCAACGAAUGAUGACCGUGAGAUUGCGUGAUUACGAAGUUUCCACGAUCUGUGGCCGAUUACUGCAGCCAAGUUCUCCUCGAUCCACACGCGUCUCCGGUGUGAUUACAAAAGGAAUAAAAAGACAGCCAGGAUCGCGAAGUCACCUCCUGGUUUUUCCGCGUCGCGGAGGGGAGUCGCGAGGGUUAACUCCGAGAGCACGAGAGCGCGAUAAAGCUUGGGAGAUCGGGCAGCCGCGCGCUUGACUUCCGGAGGAGUGACGCAAACUUGAAUUUGAAUUAGCCGAUGAAAAUUAUUCCUCGGGGGAAUCCCGAAUACGACUCGCCGCCUUGCGCUUCGCGCUUCAACCACGUGGGUGUUAUUCGGAUCUAGAAUUCGCGCCUUCCUCCACCGGAGGAGGAGGAGCAGAAGGUCAUACGUGGGAGACGUAUUAUUGUGCGAACGAGUUCAUUCAUCGUGCGAAUUCCAGCCCGCCGGAAGUGACGACGAACCACGACUUCUCUGCUGGUGUUAGUGGCGGCGGCGGCGGCGGCGGUGGUAGUAGUAGUGCGCGCACGAUACCAGUCGAGUGUUGCAUCGUGCUUACGUACGCACGUACGCACAUACGCACGCAUACACGCACGGUACGUACGCACUCACGCACGCAUACACGUAUGCACGUACACGCAUAUACGCGCGCGUGCUGACCUAGAGGAAGCGAAAGGAGAGAAGGAAGGAGAGGAUGUCGACUCGCCGCCGCCGAGCGACCGCGACCGCGCCGCGCGGAGAGAUGCAGCGUCCUGUUGUCGGUCGACGGCCAGUGGCUCUUUGAAGGUUUCGCCUUAUCGACGAUGGACUGGAGCAGUCGGACAGACCGCGCGAGGCAACGAGAGGUCGUGCACUGUGUGUCGUUAUUGUUUCUACGUCGGGGCGAGUCCGCGCCGCGGUCGCUGACGCGACUAUGCAGCUGAAGAAAGCGAUGCUUAAGAUAUUCGAUCAAUGCCUGCACUUGCGGAGCAUCGAGGAGCCGAGGAUGACGGCGGAGACGGCGGCUCCCUGCGUACAAGGAGUACAGGGUGUCCAAAGUGGCGUGGCGAGCCAGAGUAUGCUGCAACAGGUGCAGGAUGGAAACAGUGGCAGCGGUGGCGGCGGCGCUUAUUAUUCCUCGACGUCGACCUCGGCGGCGUACGAUCCGGAAUACGCCCGUAUGGAGGCUUGGCUCGACGAGCAUCCUGACUUCGUUAAUGAUUACUUUCUUAGGAAAGUGACACGGCAGACCGUGGACAUGUGGCUGGUGUCACAUGCGACGCCGACCUCGUCGUCCAGCAGUUGCGUGGAGCUUUCGAGCCCAACUCACGUCGUGGCCGGCAAUUCGUCCUCCGGACGAGGCGGUGCCGGUGGCUCAGGAGCCACGACGCCCGUACGCAAAAUCUCGGCGCACGAGUUCGAGCGCGGCGGUCUUUUGAAGCCGAUUGUUAAUACGAUUGACGGCACGCCGACCUUCCUGAGCGUAUCAACGAGCGACGCGGGUCAGCCGGGCGGGCCGCAGGUUGGCUCCGGCAAUUCGAACCGCCCGCAAAGACGGUCGAGACACGAGCUCAGGCAUCUCGACGAGAAGGAUCUCAUUUUCGAGCUGGUCAAAGACAUUUGCAACGAGCUGGACGUGAGAUCGUUGUGCCACAAGAUCUUGCAGAAUGUGAGCACGCUCUUACACGCGGAUCGCGGUUCGCUCUUCCUCGUCCAGGGAGAGAGAAGCGGUGCCGCUGCCGCCGCCGCCGUCGCCGCUGCCGCUGCCGUUACUAUUACCGAUGUGCCAUCCUCCCCAAAUCACGAGACCGCAGCAAGCAACUUCGACGACGAAAGCAACCCGCAGCGCAAUGAUCAAUCCUGUUCGCGUAGCAGAUGUCUGGUAUCGAAGUUAUUCGAUGUCUGCUCGAGAUCGACAUUACUGGAGAUGGAAAAGAAAGACGAGAUUAAGAUUCCCUGGGGCACCGGAAUCGUCGGAUACGUCGCUGAAAGCGGGGAACCUGUCAACAUACCGGAUGCUUACAAGGAUGCAAGGUUCAAUCGCGAAAUUGACGCUUUAACGGGAUACCGUACGCGUGCCUUAUUGUGCAUGCCUAUUAAGGAUUGCAACGGUGAUGUAAUCGGGGUAGCACAGGUGAUCAACAAGCUCGGUGGCGAGGGACAAUUCACUGCACAGGAUGAGAAGAUUUUCGCCGGUUACUUACAGUUCUGCGGUAUCGGUUUAAGAAACGCUCAGCUUUACGAAAAGAGUCAAUUGGAGGUGAAGAGGAAUCAGGUUCUACUGGAUUUGGCCCGAAUGAUUUUUGAGGAACAGAGUACGAUAGAGCACAUGGUUUUUAGAAUUCUUACGCACACGCAAUCAUUGAUUCAAUGCCAACGUGUUCAGGUGUUACUCGUGCACAAAGCUUCAAAAGGAAGUUUCUCGCGCGUCUUCGAUUUCGAAGCGAACGAUCUCGCUGGCGAGGAUUCUGAUUCUCGCACUAGUCCUUUCGAGAGUAGAUUUCCUAUUAACGUCGGUAUUACGGGUUACGUAGCGACAACCGGUGAAACUGUCAAUAUACCGAGCGCUUACGAAGAUCCGAGAUUCGAUCCAUUAGUAGACGACGGUACCGGCUUUCGGCAUCGUACAAUUCUUUGUAUGGCCAUCAAGAAUUCAUGCGGUCAGAUAAUUGGCGUUAUUCAGCUAAUUAAUAAAUUCGACGAUCUGCCUUUCACGAAGAACGAUGAAAAUUUUGUCGAGGCAUUCGCGAUCUUCUGCGGGAUGGGAAUUCAUAAUACGCACAUGUAUGAAAAGGCUGUGAUAGCGAUGGCAAAACAAAGCGUCACUUUAGAAGUAUUGAGUUACCAUGCAUCGGCGUCGUUGGAGGAUGCGCAGAGAUUGAGGAAUUUAAGAGUUCCGUCGUCAGCACAUUUUCAACUGCACGAUUUCAAAUUUGACGACAUACACAUGGAAGACGACGAAACUCUCACUGCGUGUCUUAGGAUGUUCCUCGACUUGGACUUCGUCGAACGAUUUCAUAUCGAUUACGAUGUACUUUGUCGUUGGUUGUUGAGCGUAAAGAAGAAUUACCGAAACGUUACGUACCAUAAUUGGCGACACGCUUUUAACGUGGCCCAAAUGAUGUUUGCUAUUUUGACGGCUACGCAAUGGUGGAAGAUCUUUGGUGAAAUUGAAUGUCUCGCGCUCAUCAUUGCCUGCCUGUGUCACGAUCUCGAUCAUCGUGGAACGAACAAUUCCUUUCAAAUUAAAGCCUCGUCACCGCUGGCACAGCUGUAUUCGACCUCGACGAUGGAACAUCACCACUUCGAUCAGUGUCUGAUGAUCUUGAGCAGCCAGGGCAAUCAAAUUCUGUCAAAUCUUUCGCCAGAAGAAUAUUCGCGUGUAGUAAAAGUUCUCGAAGAGGCGAUACUUUCUACCGAUUUGGCCGUUUACUUUAGAAAGCGUGGCGCUUUCCUUAAUUUAGCACGUAAUGGUGGCUACAACUGGGCGUUUAGUGAUCAUCGAGAGCUUCUACGAGGAAUGUUGAUGACAGUCUGUGAUCUGGCCGCCAUUACGAAACCAUGGGAGAUUGAAAAGAGAGUAGCCGAGCUCGUUAGUAGCGAAUUUUUCGAACAAGGCGACAUAGAGAGGCGGACGCUCAACAUUACACCUAUUGAUAUUAUGAAUCGAGAAAAAGAGGACCAGUUACCGAUGAUGCAAGUUGGCUUCAUCGACUCGAUCUGUUUACCUAUCUAUGAGGCGUUUGCCCAUCUGUCGGACAAACUUGUGCCGCUCGUCGAUGGGGUCAGUAUGAAUAAGCAACAUUGGUUGGAGAUUGCUGAAAGCAAACACCAGGCGGAGACCUGCACGAAUCACGAUAGGACACUGUCGACAUCGGUGUCCGACAACGAGGAAAUCAGCGAGCAAGCGGACCAAUAGUCAUUACGAUGGCGUCGCUGGCUAUUAAAAUUGAAUGUACCAAAUGUAGCCGGCCAUCCGCCAAUUGUCAGAAAGAGAAAUACGGGAUAUAGUUUUUAUUGUCAUCGCGAGCCGUUUCCCGUCUGUUUUUCUCAUCUCAAUUAUCACGGCCUGUGUCCUGCGCGAAUACAAAUAAGUGAUCCCGUCCAUCUAACGGCUCGGUGUUAAUUCCUUUUCGUCAAUUUCCACAGAUCUGUUGAUCAAAUGGACCGAAUAUACAACUCUCUCGCGUUGAAAUGUGUCUUAAUCAAAAUUAUUCUAGAAAUUUGACAAUAUAAUAAGUUGAAGAAGCUAAAUAUGAACGAUCUUGUGAAAUGAUGAGAAAA